AUGAUGGGAAACAGGGCCUCAGCGAAUCUCUACGGCAUUCAAAUUUUGGGGCUUCUGAUUGCGGCAGUGGCCUUUGCUUCGUUUCCCCGACGUCCGGAUAUUUAUCACAGGGAACAAGUUGUUGACCAGCAAAAAGCGGUGUCGCUCCUUUCUCUCCUGUCGUUCUCCUGGAACCUCAACAUUUUCAAUGCCGCAAAGGAGAGACAACUGGAAACCGCAGAUCUGCCCAGGUUGGAGUUCAUUACGCGCUCGGAAAACAUCCAGCAAGAUUUCACCGAACACAAGAAGCCAGGUCGUUUCUGGCAACAACUGCUCCGGUUCAAUGCGCGCAACUUGGUACAUCAAUGGGCCCUGGCCUUUUUGAUUGCCAUCUUGUCGAUAUUUCCCCAGAUCGUGCUCUACAACUUCCUUUCCAAGAUCGAAAGGGGGACCCAGAGCUCGCCCAAAGAUCCCUUGUUGCUCGUCUGGGCCCUUGCUUUGUUCUUUACCCAAGCACUGCAGGUCGGUGCCACGAAUUGGCUGAAAUGGAUUACCGAAAGCCGAAUGGAUAUUCCUCUUGAGUCUUUGGUGCAGACUCUGGUGUUUGCCAAAGCUCUCAAGCAGUACGAUACCGUCAGUUCAGGACAGGACAGUAAUGGGUCUUCGAAACCCAAUGGACAGAAUGGAAAUGUGAAUGGAAACUACCAGCCGGACACUUUGCUGAAAGCCAAAGAGAAAAAGGAUGAGGAAAAGGGACAAUCGGCUUACAACCUGCUGAAGGUUGACAGUUCUCGCGUCACCAACUUUUGUCAGUGCAACAGCGACCUGCCCAUGGCCGCUUUCAAACUUGCUCUCGCUAGCGCCUUCCUUAUCCGCCUGAUGGGAUGGUUGCCCGUCCUCUCUGGGCUGACUGCCGCCAGUCUGGCCAUACCGCUCAAUCUCCAUCUCUCAAGGAAACAACGAGACCAGAACUCUGGUUUGAUGCAAAUCCGAGAUUUCAAAGCACACCUACUGGCCGAGGCACUGUUGGGAAUGCGCCAGAUCCGAUACUCGGCCCUUGAAGACUUCUGGGAGGACAAGAUCCUGGCAAGCAGAGAUGAUGAGCUCAAGCAGUACUGGAGAGUGGCACUCGGGAAGUGUCUGAUUUUCUUCACCGUCAACAUUGCACCUCUGUUGCUCGCCGGCGUCACCUUCACGGUCUAUGUAUGGAAACAGAGAUUCCACAUCAAAGCCUCGGUCAUCUUCACGGCCCUCGGCUUGUUUGAUCAGCUGGAUGAUGCAGUGUCACUCCUGCGCAAGGUACAAAUCAACUUGCUCGAAGCGUGGGCAAGUGUCUCGAGACUAGACAAAUACUUUGGUCGUCAGGACAAGCAAGAGGUCACCAAACCAGGGAGCUUGAUCGCUUUCGAGGAUGCUACCGUGGCUUGGCCUCGACCUGAAGAUACCGAUGAGGUUGGAGAUGCUCAGGCACCACCCCGAGGGGCACAUACCAUGCUCACGGACAUCAACGUGAAGUUCCCACCAGGCGAGCUCAGUGUCAUUGCGGGUAAGACCGGAUCUGGCAAAAGUCUACUCCUCGCAGCAAUUCUCGGCGAAGUCAAGCUCAUAGCCGGCAACAUCUACCUUCCUUCUGCGCCGGAACCGAGCAACGACGAGAAUAUCCGAGACCAAGACUGGAUUAUACCCUCGCUUACCUGCUUUGUGUCCCAAACUCCAUGGAUCGAAAGUGGCACAGUCAGGGACAACAUCCUCUUUGGUCUCCCGUUCAACCGCCUCCGCUACCAAAAGGUUCUCUGCGCUUGUGCCCUUGAGAAAGAUCUGCAGCUUUUGGCUGAUGGUGACCAAACAGGAGUUGGGCCCAAAGGCGUCUCGUUGUCCGGUGGCCAAAGAUGGAGAAUAGCCCUAGCCCGCGCCCUGUACUCGCGUGCCGGAAUCAUCGUGAUGGAUAAUAUACUGAGCGCUGUGGACACGCAUGUGAGCAGGCUGAUCGUUGAGGAGGCGCUGACGGGAGGGUUGGCCGUCGGAAGGACGAGAAUUCUCGCUACCCAUCAUGUCGAUCUUGUUCACCCAUACGCCAGCUGUGUGGUGCGUCUCAGGGGCGGGCGCCUCAGGUCCGUCGGGUACAACGCUCCCGAAAACCAAAACUUGACGCCUACGACGGCGGUAUUCGAGCCUGGUAGCAUACCAUGGGCUCGACCUGACGGCAAUGGACUAGCCUCAUCUUCCAGUUCAGCCAUGAUGGGCCUCGAGAGGAGACAAACCCGCGAGGAGAAGAGGGCUGUUGGAUGGGUCAAAUGGGACGUGUACAAGGCAUACUACAAGGCCAGCGGUGGUGCCCUGAACUGGGCUCUAGGCAUGGCUGUGCUCUUUGUUGGUCACGGUCUGGGUAUUGUUCGUACCUGGAGUCUCAAGGAGCUUGCUCAAAGAGCCGCAUUUGUUGAGGCAAACUCCAAGAUGCCGUUCACGGCUCAGUAUCAUCAGACUUACAGCCAAAUGACUUUAGGAUACGCUGCUACCAAUCCUACUGCUUGCACUCCCAAGUUCAGUAUCUGCUUUUGGAUCUCGACAUAUGCUCUAGUUUGCUUCCUCGUCGGUGUGUCGCAAAUUGCCCGCGAUGUUACCUUUACCCUCAUCGGAAUGAGAGCCUCUAGGAAGCUGUUUCAACAGCUAACACACACGAUUCUCCGGACGCCCAUCAGAUGGAUUGAAACCGUCCCGGCAGGUCGUAUCUUGAAUCGCUUCACGUCAGAUAUUUCAGUCGUCGAUAAACCGCUAGCUACCCCGACAUUUACGUUCAUACAAGCAGCCGUUCUACUGAUGAUCAUCGUCGUCACUUGUUCCUCCGUCUCCCUCUCGGUGCUUUUCUUCGUCAUACUCCUCUUCGCCCUCUACGUAUACAUCGCCAACAACUUCAUACACGUUGCCAGGGAAGUCAAGCGCCUCAAGUCCGUCUCUAACUCCCCCAUCUACGAUCAGUUCAGCUCCGUGUUGUCCGGCUUAACGACUAUCCGUGCCUUCAAACGCACCCAGUCCUACACCAACAAUUUGUACCAACUGAUCGACGCCAACAGCUCUGCGAACUGGUCGCAGCAGCUCUUGAAGCGAUGGAUAGGUUUUCGCAUGGGCAUGCUCGGCGCCGUAUUCGUCACAAUCGUGGCCGGUGCCGUAGCACUGGGUGGUGUGGACGCUGCACUCGCGGGUUUCAGCUUAUCGUUUGCCUUCCGGUACACGUCCGCUCUUACAUCUCUACUCGAGGCCCUGACAGCGCUGGAAUUGGGAUUCAACUCAUGCGAGAGGGUGUUGGAGUAUAUUGAGGUUGAGCGUGAAAGCGAACAAGGUCUGGACGCCCCUGCGGCCUGGCCAGCGGAGGGGAGAAUCGAAGUCGAGAACCUUACGGCCUCGUAUGCCCGCGAUCUUCAGCCCGUCUUGUCCGAUCUUAACUUCAGUGUUGGAGCCGGCGAGCGGGUUGGGAUCGUUGGGCGAACAGGCGCUGGCAAAUCAACGCUUGCCGCGGUUCUUUUCCGUCUUCUGGAACCCAGCAGAGGCUCAAUCCGCAUUGAUGGGCUUGAUAUUUCCACCUUGAAGCUAACACAACUGCGGAAGAGCCUCGUCAUUAUUCCUCAAGAUCCAUUCCUGUUCUCAGGCACCCUACGUUCCAACUUGGACACCGAAGGCCGUCUAGACGACACAGAGAUAUACAACGCACUACGACGCGUCAAUCUGAUCGGUUCAAUCUACAGCAAUACGAGUUACCCACCAUCACUCUACACACCGGUCAUGGGUCCCAGAACAGUCGAGCCCGCCACCGCCGAAGUCAACAUGUUCGACGACAUCCAAACAUUGGGUGAUAACGGCGUCCAAAUCACCCCUUUCAUCCUCGACACCAACGACAACAACCCCUUGGAUCUCCUCACCUUCGAUCGUCAUCCAGAAGAUUCAACACCAGUCACCUCCCUCCCCGAAGUUGAACAACAACCCGCAUCCGCACCCGUACCCAAGCCCCCAUCACCAGAAGGAGAAACUCCCUCCCCACCACCCAUAUCCCUUCCCGCCCCUCUCCUUCCUCUCCCGCUUUCCCCCUCCCUCUCCGCCAUAACCACCAGCACCGCCACGGUUAACCAUCAGGUCAACAACCCCUUCACCAACCUCUCCCAUCCCAUCACCACAGGAGGCUCCAACCUCUCACAAGGCCAGCGACAGCUCGUUUGCCUCGCACGCGCUUUGCUCACCCGCCCCAAAAUCAUGGUGUUGGACGAGGCCACGUCGGCCAUCGACCAAGACACGGACGCGGCCAUCCAGCGUUCGCUGCGCGAGUGCAUCGAGAGCACCGGCACCACGGUACUGGUGAUUGCUCAUCGGUUGUCGACGGUGGCGGACUUUGAUAAAGGGCUGGUGCUGGAUAAAGGUCGGGUGGUGGAGUUUGGAUCGCCUGGCGAGUUGGUGAGGAGGGGGGAUUCAGAGGGAUAA